AGUUUAAUUGCAGUAUAAAUAGCACCAAAAUAGUUGACUAUUUCCUUCUGGAGGUCCGAGAUAUUGAUGGGAACUCUGAAAUCGAAGAAGCAUGGGCCUGCAGAUCUACCAUCAUUGUUCCAAUUUUGGAGUCACAAGCCAGAAUUUUAGAGGAAGAUUCAAGUGUGGAAAAUAUGAAGACUGCUAUUGAUAAAGGCUUUAAAUUGGUAUGGCAGGCAAAUCAUUCUCCGUGCUCUGAUUGUCGAAACUCUGGUGGGCAAUGCGGUUAUAACACAAGCUCAAGUGAAUUCACUUGCUAUUGCAAACACGGACCUGUUCCAUCUGCAUGUAGACCAAGAUCAACUGAGAAGCUGGGUUUGCGAGUUUCUACAGGUAAUAAACAUAGUAACGCUCUCGUUUUGAUUGCUCCCACGACUAACAUUUCAAAGAUUUGAAGUUAUUAUGUUUUACAAAUGCAGGCAUUUCAACAGGAGUUGGUGGACUUGCUCUAAUCUCAAUUUUGAUUAUUUAUAUUUGCAAGAAGCGUUUCAGAAUAGAAAAUGGGAAAUUAUUCAUAGAGAGAAGAGCAUAUCAUGAUCACAAUCUUAAAUCCUUCAUGAGAAACUAUGGCUCUUUGGCACCAAGGCAAUAUAGUUACUCAGAAGUGAAAAGAAUGACAAAAUCAUUUUCAGACAAAUUGGGCGAAGGAGGGUAUGGUGUUGUAUACAAAGCCAGCCUACCUGAUGGUCGUCCAGCGGCAGUUAAAGUAAUAAGGGAAUCUAAAGGAAGUGGAGAAGAAUUUAUAAAUGAAGUUGCAAGCAUCAGCAGAACCUCCCACGUCAACAUAGUCACUCUCCUGGGAUUUUGUUAUGAAAGGAACAAAAGAGUACUAAUCUAUGAAUACCUGUCAAACUGUUCCUUGGAUAAUUUCAUCUAUCAAAGAGGAUCUCCAAAUGCUUUCUGUACUUUGGAGUGGAAGGUAUUGUACCAAGUUGCUAUUGGCAUUGCUCGUGGACUGGAGUACUUGCAUAGGGGUUGUAACACGAGAAUUUUGCAUCUUGAUAUCAAACCCCAAAACAUUCUCUUAGAUAAAAAAUUUUUUCCAAAAAUAUCUGAUUUUGGAUUGGCUAAAUUAUGUCAAAAGAAGGAGAGUAUUGUGUCAAUACUAGGCACAAGAGGAACAAUAGGGUUCAUUGCACCAGAAAUAUUCAGUAGAGCAUUUGGUGGUGUUUCCCACAAAGCACAUGUUUAUAGCUAUGGCAUGUUGGUCCUUGAAAUGGUUGGAGGAAGGAAGAACUACGACAGUGGAGGAUCACAAACUGAUGAGCAGUAUUUUCCAGAUUGGAUUUAUAAGGAUCUUGAACAUGGUAAGCAUCCGGCUAGUUCUUUAGUAAUCACAGAGGAAGAUGAUGAAGUGGUAAGGAAGAUGACUUUAGUGAGUCUAUGGUGUGUUCAAACAAAUCCAUCAGAUAGACCAGCUAUGAGUAAAGUGGUAGAAAUGUUAGAAGGACCCCUUCAAUCCUUAAUGGUUCCUCCAAAGCCAUCCCUUGAAUAUCCUACAAAAUUAUCAGCAGUUAUACAAUUGUCAAAUGCAUCUUCCGAAGACAUGAUUCAUACAGUUUCAAUAAGCAGUUGACUUGUAUACUCUACCUACUGCCAAAGACAAUUUAACUUCGAAUUGUCUCGGAAGAUUCAUGGAUAAUUGCCAACUAUUGCUUUCCUUUC